CUUCGCGCAAACCACCAUCACGACCUCGCCGUCGCCACACCGCCGCUGCCGCUGCUCGCACUCUAGCAUCACAGAGCUCGAGCUGUCCGCUGACUCUCAUCUGUUCUCAAGGUUCUAGCGCACCAGAUCAGUUCUGCCACUUCUACAACGACCGGUCGUCUGCCAAUCUGACCGUCUCCGCCGCUCUCACCAACCUUUCACUCCAUCAACGUCGAACCAUCAGUCAUAAUGGCCGACAAACUCAACCAGUCGCUCGACGACAUUCUCAAGACUCGUCGCGACACCCGCCCGAACCGUGGUGGUCGCCGUGGAGGCAAGGCUGCCGCUGCUGCUCCGCCCGUCGGCGGCGUCAAGAAGAAUACUAGGGCUGCCGCAAAGCAGACCGGCAAGCAUAACGCCCCGACUGGUCCCUCCGGAGCUACUGAGAGCAAGAUCAAUGUCAGCAACCUGCCCAAUGACGUUGAUGAGCAGCAAAUCAAGGAGUACUUCAUCAAGACCGUUGGACCCGUCAAGAAAGUCAUCAUCACCUACGGACCCAACGGCGUCAGCCGUGGCAUUGCUGCGAUCACCUUCGCGAAGGCAACCGCCGCCGCUGAAGCGGCCAAGAGCCUGAACGGUGUCAAGGUCGAUAACCGCCCGAUGAAGAUCGAGGUCAUGGUCAACCCGAAGGAUCUCCCUCCGGCGGCGCCGGUCAAGAGCUUCAGCGAGCGCGUCUCUCAACCGAAGAACGCCGCCAAGUCGCAGCCAAAGCCGGCCACCGCAGGCAGAGACGGCAAGGGAACCACCCGCGGACGAGGCAAGACGGCCCGUGGCCGCAAUGCUGGUCGCGGAAAGCCUAAGACGGCGGACGAGCUCGACGCGGAGAUGGCUGACUACUUCGUCGGCGAUGCUCCCAACGGCGAUGCAAUGGUCACCAACGGUGGUGCUGUUCAGGUUCCGGCCGGUGGAGACACUGGUAUGGACGACGAUAUCUUGUGAUCGGGUCGAUGCGCUAUCAGCAUGGUUGCCGGGGUCGGUACAGGUCUUCGGGCAAUUUGAUACAGUAUCAGCAUGGUUGCCGGAGUAGGCACAGUUCUUCGGCAAUGGGUGUGGACGGCGUUCCACGGGUACCCUUCUUCUAUCCGGGGUUUUGUUUCCAGAUUGAUUGGACCACUCUUCUUGUUGGGUUGUAUAACAGACUGCCACACGGACAUUUCCUUGCUUCAGGGUAGGCGAGCGAUGGAGUAUCGAGCGGCUAGGGCUUCACAAUGAGCAAAGGCUCACCCAAUACAUUGCGUGCACCCC